UCGAGACUGAUACCGGUAUUAAGCUUUUCUUGUCCGGAGCCCGAGUUCGUUAGCCCGUCUAUAUAAUUAAUUGCCAGAAAGGGCCUUCAUAAUUGCCUUCUUUGCUAACCUAUGGCGAUGCUGUUUGGUCAUCGGCUUCGUGUUCCAACAAGGCAGGCGAGCAGCAGAACCCGGUUAUUAACCGUUUGCGGUGUUGGAAGGAAGUUUUAUCCUGUUGUGCGAGCAUUCCAACUUUCGGACGAUCAUAAGAGGAUCGAUAGCCAGCGGGAUUUCGACGUUGCUCUAUCUUCUACAGCGCCUUCAUGGCAGCGCGUGCUGGGAGUUGCCGCAGCCGGAAUUUUCGCCUGGUCGAUUACAUUGCCAGCUUUGGCUGGCGUAGAUGCUCCUGACACGACUAUCAUUGGCCCAAGCGCCGACACCCUGCUUGGUGCUGGGCCUGACUUUUCCUUCACAACACUGUUGAUAUUUACGCUCCUAGGCUACUGGCUCGUAAAGGCUUUGACUUACCUUGGCCAAAACACGCCUGAUGGCUCGGAUGGCUCUCAGGACGACAAGCACGAGCAGCGCCCCGGCAGUGGGGGCGGCGCCAACGACUCGUUAACGGAUAUCGGACACGCCCACAUUCGCUCCUACGUGGACCCCUCUCAACCGGGUCGCGGGGGCGAGUCGGGGGCGAAGGAGCUGCGGAAUGCCAGUCUGGCACGCAGCGCUGCGUACCGAGUGACAGCGACGCUGAAGGAGAGCCAGCCCCGGAUUCACGCGCUGGUGGAGGAGCUGACGGCCCAACAGACCCAGUGGCCGCUAAGGCCACCUCGCAACGCCGAAGUGGACUUCGUGGCGGCUCUGGUGUACAGCAGGGUGGUGCAGGAGCGCUCAAACAAGGGUCCCGAAUACGUGUUAGGACCUCGGGAGCUGGCUGCUCUGGAGACCCGGCUUCUGGAGGAGGUGGCGGAAAAGGUGGCCGCGGACCAAGUGGCGGAUUUUGUUAAGAUGGCGGCUAAGGGGACGUUGCAUCCCAAAAGGCCCGGCAGCGACGGCGCUGACCACCACCCGCACUCCCACGCCCAUUGA